AGAGGCGAGGGCGGGCCGCGCUGGCGGGCGGCCGCGCUGCUCCGCGCCGCCGCCUCCUCCUCCCCCCGCCCGCCCGCCCUCCCCGGCUCCCGCCCGCGCCCGGCGCUCGCUCCUCCGGCGCUUCCCGGCUCGGGUGAAGCCAAGAUCGUAGAGGGGUACUACAUCUGCUCCCUGACCGGCGACAGGAAGGACUCUCAAACCCCAAGUGCCCAUACCAUUGCCACUGCUGGGUGUUUGCGGGAGCAGUAAUUCAAGCAGCCCGGUCCCCGAGAGCAGUGCAGGCAUUUUGUGCCAUGCUGCCAUCAGUCCUGCCCAUGGUCCCUGUAACACCCCUCGAGAAAAGCCUGGGGCUAACUGAGGUCCUACCCUGACAACAGUCUCUUGUGGCAAAAUCCCAGUGACUUCCCAGCCCGUCUCCAGCACCUCACUUGUCAGCCCUGAAUUUUGGCCAGGAAUAGAUCUACCAGAGCCAAAGGCAGCAUUCUUCAUGCCUCCUCUCACCAUUGCCUUGUCCAGACAUGCCGGGACUUCGUAAGCCAUUUUGGGUCCAGUUAAUUUCCCACGGUGUUCAAGAUGUCAUUGAAGGUGCAGACAAGUAACAUCACAAACAAGAAUGACCCUAAGUCCAUCAACUCCAGAGUCUUCAUUGGCAACCUCAACACAGCUGUGGUUAAGAAGUCGGAUGUGGAGACCAUUUUCUCCAAGUACGGCCGAGUGGUGGGCUGCUCCGUUCACAAGGGCUAUGCCUUCGUACAGUACUCCAACGAGAGGCAUGCACGUGCCGCUGUCCUGGGCGAGAAUGGGCGCGUGCUUGCUGGCCAGACCCUGGAUAUCAACAUGGCCGGGGAACCUAAACCUAACAGACCUAAAGGGCUGAAGAGAGCAGCCUCUGCAUUGUACAGCGGUUACGACUUUGACUACGACUAUUACAGAGACGACUUCUACGACAGGCUCUUCGAGUACCGGGGCCGAGUGUCGCCGGUGCCCCGGGUGGUCCCUGUGAAGCGGCCCAGGGUCACCAUCCCCCUCGUGCGGCGCGUGAAGGCGACGCUGCCCGUCAAGCUCUUCGCCAGGUCGGCCGCCAUUGCCAACAGCUCGGCCAAGCUGAAGCUGAAAUGCAGCGAGCUGCAAACAAUCAAAACGGAACUGACACAGAUCAAAUCCAACAUCGAUGCUCUUCUGGGCAGAUUGGAGCAGAUUGCUGAAGAACAGAAAUUGUCCACAGAGGUACGGAAGAAGGCUGAUGGAAGCAAAAGUGAGAUCUCCCAGGAAGACACAGCAUCAGAGGCAGAGAUCAACACAGAGGAGCCGUUGAAUGGGGAUGAGGGUGAGGAAGAGGGUCUCACACGGGAUGAGUGUGAAGAUGAACUGGAGAACAGCCAUUACACAGAUGUGGAGGAUGCCAGACUACAGUAACCAGCCCAUUCAGAACAGCAGUGAGCAACACUGUGUGGAAAGCACGAGGCUAAACCCUGUCCUGGCACGUUGAGCAAGACAAGCUAAACUGAAGGGCUGCUGUCAUCUCUACCUGGCAUUCAAAAGGAGAAAUAUGGCCCAACAUCUUCCACCCAUCUGUAAAGCAAAGACAAAGAAAAUUAAUCAUCCCAGCAGAUCCCCACUACCCCAUCCAAUGGAUUCAGAGCUCUGUUGCCAGCACAGGCAGCAACUAAACCCUGCACAGUCCAUAACCUUCACUGACUGGAGGUGGGAGAGCGGUUGUAUUACCAAACGAAUCAGAGAUGCUAUAGAGCAUUUUGUAGGAGACAAGGGUCUAAUUAUAACCCAACAAAGAGUUUUUCCCAAGCUAGGUGAGGGCCAGAGCAUUUGCUAACUGGAGGAAAAGUUUGGACAAUUCGUGGUCUCACACUAAAGAUCAUGUCGAGUAAGAGGGCAUGGGGUGAGCUCCCCUCCCAGAACGGUCACCUCGUUUCAUGUCUCUCUCAUCCCAUGAGCUGUCGCAGGUACAUGGUCACUUCUGAGUGGAAAGAAGUCUGUGCUGGUUUAUUGCUUUGCUCUUUGCAACUGCUGGAACAGAGGGGAUGGGAAAAGGAAGCUGCCUGCAGGAAAGCAAGUGAACCCAAGCAGGAGAAACAGAGCACACAUCAUCUGCAGUUGUUUGGGCUCCUCACACUCUAUUAGGAAACUAUGUAAAGGCUAAGCAAGCCUUUGCAGAAGGAGAGGGUGCAGGCAUGUGUGAACUGGGUGGAGGAGACCCCUUUCUUGGACCAGCAGCUCCCUGAAAGGGCAGUGAUCCCCCCACUCCCUCUCCAGCGCGGUGCCAGAGAAGUCAGGCCCUUCCCUGGAUGUUCACAUCUCCUCUGGCUCCAGCCUCACUGGUUCUUCACGCUCGCCUGGGGCUCCAGGAGAGGGGUGAGGCGGCUCCUACUCCUAACUGCAAAGGUUGCGCUCCAGCAUCAGUUUGACAGAUCUGAGCAAUGUGACGACUUGCCUGAGCAUAACAAGACUGGUAACACUGAAUACUCUGAGCACGAUGCAUGUGGGCAUUCAAUACCUCCCCUUCAUCCCCAAGUUCAAACUGCUUUUGACCUAUUCUAAGCCCUGAAAUUGGAGGGUUGCAGCAGCCAGCAUGUGGCUUGUCGUGGGAACCUUUUACACCGCAACAUCCGUCUCUCUGCCUUUUUCUUCUCGUUCUUUCCGCUUUCAUGGGUUUAUCCAAUUUUCCUGAGUUCAGAGGUUGAUGGGACUGAGACUCAAGCAGCACUUUAUUCAGAUCGGAUUUGUCCUGCCCAUCUCCCUUCCAGCCCCCAUUUCCCCUGCAAAACACACACACACACACACAUACACACACACACACACACACACACACACACACACACACCAGUGCUUUGACUCCAGAAUGCUGUCCACACCUUCUCCUCCAUCAAACUCUCCCACAGACAGAGCAGCCCCCCCCCCCCACCGAGUCUAUAGAGGGCUGUGAAAGGGGACUCUUGCUUUCUACUCCAGCGCUCAAAGCCAGACCUCUUCUGCAGCAUCUCUCUUUGAAAAGCGGAGGGAAAAACAGGUCGUGGGGAGGGGCAGUGCUUCCCUGCCCAAAGGGCCAUCCCGGAGCAAGCAUGGCUCUUGAAGCACAAUGUUGUAUUCGCAUUUCUUAGUUUAAAAUAAUUCUUGAGGGAUUAAAGGGAUAACCGUGCUUUCCCCUACCUUUUUCUGGUUCCUGUACAAUUUAUCCAUUGUGUUGUACUGAGCCAUUGUAGAGCUGUUUUCUAGGCUUUGAGAGAUGAGCUGCAGUUUUUUGCUAUGAACUGACUGUGAUGCUGAUGUUUGGGAGAAAGGUGACCUUGUACAUACAAUCCUGUAUAAUAAAAGAAAGAAAUAUAA